AUGCUAAGAGAUAAAUUUCUGGCCAAUGUUAAAGCCAAAAAGCUGGUAUUUGUGAUGGGGGCAUCUGAUCCAAUGCUUGAGUUAAAUAUAGCCCUGUCUAGUGUAAGGAGAAGAUUUAAUGGGAAAUGGUUAGCAUUCUUUCUCCCUAAAGAACAGGGGAGAGGGAGAGAGAGACGAGAGAGACAUGCACACAUAAACAUCUCGAACCAGUGAGAGGCUGAAGGAGGAAAGGCAAGCAGAAAAGACAGUGGUCAAGAAAUCAUACAGCUUGCAGCCAGAAUGGUUAUCCUCAGCUGGAUUGCUCUGGGAUUUUAUCUUCAGGUCUUUUUCUGCUGGGCUUUGUCUCAAACCUCUUUUGUCGACAGUGUCUUCUCCAUUUCAGCAGCUUUGAGAAACUUGAUUGCAAAUGUAAAUGAAGCUGUAGCUCAUAUAUAUAUAUAUAUAUGUGAUGUGCAGCUAAAGAGCAUGUUGUUUUCUCUGGAUCUGAAAAACUUGUGUCAAGAGCUUCAGAUAACACAAUCUCCCUGUGCAGAAUCUGUGUGCCCCCCAGGACCUCCUGGCCCCCAGGGCCCACAAGGUAUUCCUGGUGUGAAAGGACCAAAGGGAGUAAAAGGUGAGUUUGGAAGACCAGGAAGAAAGGGCAGCCGAGGUCCUCCAGGUGUCCCUGGAAUGCCAGGAUCUAUUGGAUGGCCUGGUCCAAUGGGACUAAAGGGUGAAAAGGGAGAUUUAGGUUUGAUGGGAUUGCCAGGUACAAGAGGACCAAUGGGCUUCAAGGGUAAUACAGGUGGUUCCGGAGAAAAGGGAGCUCAAGGACAGAAAGGAAUCAAAGGCAGCAAAGGUGAUAAGGGAUACAUGGGUUUCCCUGGAAUGUUGGGGCAAAAGGGAGAAAUGGGUCCAAAGGGGGAACCUGGUGCAUCAGGACACAGAGGACCAACUGGACGGCCAGGGAAACGAGGCAAACAAGGACAAAAAGGAGACAUAGGACCCCCUGGAAGUAUAGGCCCACCAGGACAGUUAAUAGCAAGACAACUAAUGGGGCCAAAAGGGGAAAGAGGAUUUCCAGGACCUCCAGGGAAAUGUCUCUGCAACUCUCAGCCAAACGUGAAUGGCCCACCAUAUGAGGAACCACUGUUUGGAGAGGCCUAUUCCAAAGUACCUGCAAUUUUUGUAGUGAAUAAUCAGGAAGACCUGGAAAGAUUAAACACAGAAAAUGCCCUAGCAUUUCGAAGAGAUCAGCGAUCUUUAUAUUUUAAAGAUACUUCUGGAUGGUUUCCAAUCCAGCUAAGACCUUCCUAUCCACUGGAUCAUCUGCUAGGAGAUAGUAACGUCUGUGGAGAUGGCAUCAUUCAGGAUGGAGAAGAAUGUGAUGAUGGCAAUACCAUUGUGACUGAUGAUUGUAUAAGAUGCCACCAUGCUUAUUGUGGGGAUGGCUAUCGGCUUGAAGGUGCAGAAGAAUGUGAUGGGAAUGACUUUGGAUACUUAACGUGCAAAACAUAUCUCCCUGGGUCUUAUGGAAAAUUACGCUGCACUUCUUACUGUUAUAUUGACUCUACAGAUUGUCGCUAUUUUACAUGAAAAGUGAGUGGUAAGAAAAGAAUAACCUAUAUAUGACAUGCAUGCAUCAGGUGCUACAUUAGUAUCAUCAAACCAAGACUGGACGAUGGAGAAAUAAUCAAUGCUGAAACAACCAUUGUCAUGUUGCCAUGAUGAUUGGAGAUAAGUGUUAAUUGCCUGAUCACAGUGGAAGAAAAAUAGACCAUUCUUUCCUGUCUCAGUAGAAAACAUCCAAUGACCGUAACAUUCAAGAUUUGCCUUUUCCAUGACUGGCUGAAUGAAUUUUCCUGUG